CAAGUGUACAUUUAUACAUUGUUACAUUGAUGUAUCCUAUGCACUAUCCAUGAUAGUAUGUGUUUAGCAUCGAAGAUGUGCUGCAAUGCUGUUGGCAUGCCAGAACUUGAUGAGUUGUCUCCAAACAAUGCAACAUGGCUAACGGUCCCUUGGCUGUAAGGAAAUCCACGUAGAAAUGCCAUGAAAUGCCCUACCAAGUCGAAUCCCACCAACGGCACAAGCCUCUCCAUCCUCCCAGCCUGUGCUCGCGGAAGGCAGCGUAUUUGGGCAGCCUGAGGCGGAUCAAAGCACUCCGCUUCCUCUUCGAGCCCUUCUGGGCCUGCGACACUGGCAGAACACUGGGCCGCCUGGCAGAAGCACAGAACCCUUUGGCUCGGCUGCGGCGGCAGACGCGGGACGAGGCACUGGAGCUGAGCUUGGAGCGGCGCCAGGACAAAGGCAUUUGGCGGCUCGCCGCAGGCGAAGGCCUGGACUGGCAGCACAUUCGCAACGAGUUCUACACUGCGCAAGUGCAGUCCUUCGCAGAGGUUAGCCUCGAUGACUGCAUUGAUGCUCAUGCGGCUUCCAGACAAGAAGGUCUUCGGCUGUUGGAUCUGGGCUGCGGUGUUGGCGCUUUGUUGGCCCGUCUCAGGCGUGAGCGUGGUGAAGUCAUUGACUGGCCCUGCACUGCUGGAGUGACCUCGGUGCAUCCCUUCGACGUCUCCAUGUUUACGCCACCAGCAGGUUACCCGGAGUUCUUUGAAGCGCAGUUGCUCCGUUUCAACCUGGACUUCCUGGCGGAUCACGCUGACACGCCUGCCGAUCUUGCGGGAAGGCGGUUUGAUCUCAUCACCUCGCACUAUUGUUGGUGUCACCUCCAAGAUCCCUUGGGAGCCUUGGUUUGUGCCUUCGGUUUGCUUCGUGCCGGUGGCAUCCUGCUCUUCUUUGAGCCACUCCAUGCACCUUCCAACUCCUUGCCCUACACGGAUCACAGGCUCUACCAUUGGAAUGACCAGGGUGAGUCCAAGCCACUCUUCAUGCGACAGCUCCUGCAGCACUGGCAGCAGGAGGUGGCAGUCUUCUCGGCGCUGGAGCGAGGUGAGGGUGACCGCAAGCAUGUGCUAGCGCUCCGAAAGCAUGGGGAGAACCAGCAGCUGAGCCUGCCAGCUUCCGUUUGCCCGGGAGCCACCGCUGCGCCGCUGCCGGCGGUGCGAGAGGCACGGCUCAGAUGUGGGGAUCAGGAGCCCUUCGUGACACCCAGUGCUCGGAGUUUCCCGGAGUGGCUGCAGAAGGCCAAGACCCAACGGCUGCAGAGAGUAGCACUGUAG